AUGUCAAGUCUAGAAAUAUAUUCACCUGAAGGUAUACGUAUUGACGGGCGUCGUUGGAAUGAGUUAAGGAGGUUUGAUUACUCUAUUAAUACACACCCAAAUGCUGCAGAUGGAUCAUCUUACCUGGAGCAAGGUAACAAUAAGAUAAUCACGUUGGUUAAAGGCCCUCAGGAGCCCAAUUUGCGUUCACAAGUGAACUCAAAUAAGGGUACCUUAACUGUCACUGUUAAUAUAACUAAGUUUUCAGAUAUAGAAAGAAGUCAAGCAGGCCACAGGAAUGAAAGACGAACUCUAGAAUUACAAACAGCCUUGGUACGUACAUUUGAAAAGAACAUUAUGUUGCAGCUAUAUUCACGUACUGUAAUUGAUAUCCAAAUACACGUAAUACAAAAAGAUGGUGGUUUGCUGGGCGCAAUGAUAAAUGGAAUAACUUUGGCACUUAUAGACGCUGGUAUUGCAAUGUACGAUUAUAUUAGCGGUGUGUCCGUGGGACUGUACGAUACAACUCCUUUAUUGGAUUUAAAUGCACUCGAAGAAAAUGCUCUCAGCAGUGUGACUCUUGCUGUUGUGGGUAAGUCUGAGAAGCUAUCAUUGUUGUUGGUUGAAGAUAAAGUACCUUUAGAUAGAUUAGAGAGUGUAAUGGCAAUUGGUAUCGCUGGUUCUCAUAGAAUAAGAGAUUUAAUGGACAAAGAAUUAAGGCUACAUGGUAAGCGUAGAGUAGAGAACACAUCUACGAAUUGA